GACACGAUGUCCUGCGCGCAUCAGUCGAUCAUUCGCGUCAUUACCGUUUUUGCGUUCGCGCAGUCCAUAUAAUAAAAUUGUAAAUAAUUAUUGUCGCGUUGUUAUACCAAUACGUUUCGGCCGCCGAUACGAUUGUCGUAUCGUCGUCUCUGCACCGUCAAACGCCAGCAAUAAUAAUUAAAUAACAACACACCGCACCGCAAUAGUAUUGCACAACGUAUUGUAUACAGUCGGUUUGCGGAAACGACGGUGUUACGCUGCGCUUGCUUACAUUCUUCCCGAAGUUUCGUGCCCCGUCCCCCGCCACCAUACGUGUGUGAAACCUUUGAACUCUGUUCGCGCACGACAUCGCGACUAAAAUGACCGCGUCGGUGGUGACGCGCGACGAGACCCCGGCCGAAAACCAGCAGACGGUCGUGGCCCGCCCCUCGUCGGCGGUAGUCGUGAGGAGCGCGUACAAACAGUACGGUCAGACGGCCAUACUCAAAGACUUGAACCUGACCAUACCGACCGGAAAAAUAUAUGGGCUAUUGGGACCUAGCGGAUGUGGAAAAACAACUCUAUUGAGUUGUAUCGUCGGUCGUUUACAUUUAGAUUCCGGAGAGAUAAAACUUAAAGGCAAACACAUAUCUGACAUUGGAUAUAUGCCACAAGAAUUAGCACUGCACAAUGAAUUGUCUAUAAAAGAAACGUUUACGUACUAUGGUUACAUAUUUAAUUUAUCAAAUGAAGUUAUCGAAACAAGAGGCCGAGAACUAAAGGAGCUCUUGAAAUUGCCAUCAUAUAGUCUGAGUCUAAACGAGAUUAGUGGUGGACAACAAAGAAGAGUGUCCCUUGCAGUAGCAAUGCUCCACGACCCAAAACUGCUGAUUUUAGACGAACCUACAGUUGGCUUGGAUCCUCUGAUAAGCCAGAGCAUUUGGGAACUUUUAUUAAAUUUGACAUCGAAUGAAGGUAAAACUGUGAUAAUCACUACUCACUACAUCGAAGAAGCAAAACAGUCACAAAUGAUCGGCUUAAUGAGGAAAGGUACUCUUCUUUCCGAAGCAACGCCAACAGAACUUUUGACUUCAUGCAAUUGUUCUUAUUUGGAGGAAGCGUUUUUGAAGAUUUGCCAAAAUCAAGUGGCUAAGACAAACAGUUUCAAAAUACCAGUGAAACAACCUACAAGAAGGUUUUCUUAUGCCCGAGAUUUGCCGCCACCACCGUUGUUAAACAACACAUUAUUUACGGUUGGUCGUUUCAAAGCUCAGGUGUGUAAAAACAUUUACCUGUUGAGAAGAAACAUACCGUUUACUUUGUUUGUGAUCUUCUUACCACUGAUACAAACAGUAUUAUUCAAUAUCGCCUGUGGCCAUGAUCCGAAACAUUUGACUUUGGGUAUAUUAAACGAAGAGUCUGUAAACAAAUUGGGUACAUGUUCAUUGACGCAAACGAAAAAUUGUUUUUUGGACGGAGGUGUGCCAGUCAGUUGUCUGGUGUUGGAAAGAUUAAAAGAAAAGACUUUCGAAUUGGUUGACUAUCCCAGUGCGGAAGACGGCCAGUAUGCAGUGUCAGAAAAUAAGGUCUGGGGAUUUCUUCAUUUUUCGAAAAACUUCAGCACUAAUUUAGCAACCCGUUUUAAUGAUGGGGGAGAUAUAUCCGACGACAACAUAUUCGACAUGGGAUCAAUCCAAGCGUGGAUUGACAAUACAAAUAAGUAUAUGUACGACAUGAUUAAAAGAGACAUUUUCGACAGCUACACAGAUGUGGUUGAUGGUCUUUUCAGCAAAUGUAAUAUAUCAGAAAGAAUCGGAAACUCACCAAUCCGGUUCUUUGACCCUGUUUACGGAAACAAAAAUCCAAGCUUUAUACAUUACGCUUCGCCUGCAAUAAUAGCACUAUGUGCAUUUUAUCUCCCUGCAAUCUACACAGGAUCCACGAUUAUUUCUGAAAAAGAAGGAGGUGUCAUCGAGAGAGUAGUCUUAUCAGGAAUGAACUUCAUUGAAAUUGCUUUGGCUCAAGUAUUGGUACAAACGGUAUUUAUCUUCAUUCAAACUACCCUGGUAAUGCUGGUCAUGUUCGUUAUAUUCGACAACCCAUUCGUCGGCGACAUAUUUCCAUCAUUUUUGCUAUUAACAAUGAUCGGAUGCGGUGGAAUGUGUUUUGGUUUUUUCACGGCCAUUAUCUGUAAGACGACAACGGAGGCGGCGUUUCUGGGAAUUGGAACUAAUUUCCUAUUGAAAUUUUUAUGCGGACUUAUGUGGCCCACUGAGGGCAUCCAUUACCUGUUGCGCAGCAUCAGCGUCUACAUGCCGCUGACAAUGUCCACGGAAAGUCUGCGAUCGCUAACCGCCAAAGGCCUGGGCCUCCAGCAUCCUUCCGUGUACCUGGGAUUCAUGUCGAUCUUUUCUUGGAUACUCGUCUUCACGCUAGUGUCAUUUAUAAUGCUAAAACUCAAACGUGACGUGUGGACGAAAAGUUAAUGGCGCAUAAUUCACAUAAUAAAAAUAUUAAAAUUUAAAAAAAUACCUAAAAAAUCAUUAGGUAUACCGAUUUAUAUUGUUUUUGUUCCGGUGGAAACCACCAAUAGAUCGCGAAUGUAUCUACAAACUAUAAAUAAAUUAGCAUAUCAUAUUUAUUUAUAAUUAUACGCCAUGUGUAAUGGUUGUAAUGUUUUAAACGAUGUUUUUAUUUAUAAAUAUAG